AUGCUCAAAUGCCACUUUUCCCCAUCCCCGCCUCCUCGCUUCUGUGGACAUCUCCAGAUCCUUUUGUCGUAUGCAGAGAUUGCUGCCAAGGGGCCCAAGCAGUCGCCUGAAGAGGCUGCCGCCCCCGCUAUGCCUGAGAUCGAGCCGUCUGAGUCGGCAGCCUCGACUGUGUCACUGAUCGAUGUCGAUACACCUUCUAUCCGGACGGUCCCAUCCGAAUUUGGGGAACAGUCCGUGACGACGGAGACACAGGCAGAGCGUCUGGAGCAGGAAGCCGCCGCCGCUGCCACCGAGGCCAAGGUCCAUGCUAGCAAGGCUGCCGCUCGAGCCCGAUCCAAGACCGAGGGCACGGCCAAGAGAGCCGCCUCACAGGCACGCCGCGCAGACCGCUGGAUCACGGCCCAUUUUGCCGCCGUGCAGGAGGACCACCCAGUCGUUGCCCAGGCUGCUGUCGUCGGCAACUUCGCUGCCGUUAUUGGGCUCGGCGCCCUGCUAGGAUUUCGUGCGUGGGGCCUUUACGACCAAGGCCGCUUCAGCUGGAAGGCCGGUGCCGCAGGACUCGGCCUUUUCGGCGCCGUCAGCCUAUUCGAAGGCUUCCUGGCGAGCUACUUCUACAAGGGCAAGCCUAAGCAACAUUGA